GAGAUCCAGGGAGGGGAGCCCCGAGAAGCAAGCGGCGAUGAGGUCCUGAGCGGGGCGGUGAGCCACCAGGUGGGACAGCCGCCAGCCGCCCGGGAGGGACGCGGGCCCGGGCGGGGCGCGGCGCGGCGGGCGCAGGGGAGGGGCGGGGAGCAGGCGGGGCGGGAGCCGCAGCCGCCCGCGAGCGCGCGCCGCCGGAGCAGGUGGAGCGGCCGCAGGAGUCCCGGCGGCCGGGCAGAGGGAGGCGGCGCGCCGGGCCCGGGCCAUGGAGCAGCUCAAGCUGAACACCAGCGUGCAGGGGUCGGGACCCGGGCCAGUGGCUCCCCUGUGCCGCCCGGGGGGACCCCUCCUCAACAGCAGCGGCGCUGGCAACCUCAGCUGCGAGUCUCCACGCCUCCGCGGAGCUGGCACACGAGAGCUGGAGCUGGCCGUUCGGAUCACCCUUUAUGCAGUGAUCUUUCUGAUGAGUGUUGGGGGAAAUGUGCUCAUCAUCGUGGUCCUGGGACUGAGCCGCCGGCUGAGGACUGUCACCAACGCCUUCCUGCUCUCACUGGCCGUCAGUGACCUUCUGCUGGCUGUGGCCUGCAUGCCCUUCACACUCCUGCCUAAUCUCAUGGGCACAUUCAUCUUUGGUACCGUUGUCUGCAAGGCGGUUUCCUACCUCAUGGGGGUGUCUGUGAGUGUGUCCACGCUAAAUCUGGUGGCCAUUGCCCUAGAGCGCUACAGCGCCAUUUGCCGGCCACUGCAGGCACGGGUGUGGCAAACGCGCUCCCACGCUGCUCGAGUGAUCGUGGCCACGUGGAUGCUGUCGGCACUGCUGAUGGUGCCGUACCCGGUGUACUCCACUGUGCAGCCAGUCGGGCCCCGGGUGCUGCAGUGUCUGCAUCGCUGGCCCAGCGCGCGGAUUCGCCAGACCUGGUCGGUCCUGCUGCUCCUGCUCUUAUUCUUCAUCCCGGGCGUGCUGAUGGCCGUGGCCUACGGGCUCAUCUCCCGGGAGCUCUACUUAGGGCUUCGCUUUGACAGUGACAGUGACAGAGAGAACCAGAGCCGAGUCCGAAACCAAGGAGGCCUGCCGGGUGGGGUGGGUUCAGGUCCUGCACACGCAAACGGGCGCUGCCGGUCGUCGGAGGCGGGGCUGGGCUGUGAGGACGGCGACGGCUGCUAUGUGCAGCUCCCACGCUCCCGGCCUGCGCUGGAGCUGUCGGCGCUCACCGCGCCCGCGUCUGCAUCAGGAUCGGGCUCCCGGCCCACCCAGGCCAAGCUGUUGGCUAAGAAGCGUGUGGUGCGGAUGUUGCUGGUGAUCGUUGUGCUUUUUUUCCUGUGUUGGUUGCCGGUUUAUAGUGCCAACACGUGGCGCGCCUUCGACGGCCCCAGUGCGCACCGCGCGCUCUCCGGCGCGCCCAUCUCUUUCAUCCACCUGCUCAGCUAUGCUUCGGCCUGUGUCAAUCCCCUGGUCUACUGCUUCAUGCACCGCCGCUUUCGCCAGGCCUGUCUGGACACCUGUGCCCGGUGCUGCCCCCGGCCCCCUCGAGCGCGCCCCAAGCCUCUUCCAGACGAGGACCCUCCCACCCCGUCCAUCGCUUCCCUGUCCAGGCUGAGUUACACCACCAUCAGCACUCUGGGCCCUGGCUAAGGAGGGGGAAAGGGAGUGGGGGGAGUGGGGGGGAGGGGAGAUGGGAGCUGAGACAGGACAGAUUCCAAAUAUAAACCCGUGCAGUCCCACAAAAAUACACAGACCCAAAUUGAAAUGACAUACUGACACCCAAACAACUCCCCUCCCUAUGCAGGGGAAAGUGGCUUAUAUGACAAAGAAAACAAACUAGACCCACACACAGCACAUGAGACACACUCUAGAACUGAACACACCCAGACACAGCGUCCCUAGCUGCAUGCUGUCCCUACAGAGUGGAAACUGUCAGGGAGGCUGCCCAGCACUCUUACUCGUGGCGGUGAUUCUCUUAGGGCUCUUGAAUCCACACUGGGCUGACUCCUGAGAUGCCGUGUCUGUCCCCAGCUUGACCUCACUGGACAGCACCGGCAACCAAGCGACCUAAUCUCACUUCUUCCUCAACAGCAGACUGUUUUGCACUGAAAAAUUUCUUUGGUUUUUUGUUUGUUUGUUUGUUUGUUUUUUCAGUUAAAUACUGUGGUCCAUCCCUGUGCUCCUUCAGUCAACCUUUUCAAGAACUAAUAAAUGAUGUGGGUUCCUCCUAAA